GACGGAAGUUAAGAAAACUUAAAUUGUUCUCUUAUAAGUGAAGCGGGGAUCUGCGGCAACAGAGCUUUUCUCUUAUUUUUCCUUUGUGUAUUAACUGUUAGUAUGGAAACCCUGUUAGUUGAGAAACGACGGUCCACGUCGCACCAGGUGUGCGACAACUGCCAUUCCCGCAAGGUCCGAUGUGACAGGAAGAACCCUUGCGGAAAUUGCCAGGAUCAAGGAACUUCAUGUACUCGCCACCGGAGUUUGAGACGUACCAUGAGAAAAGUCUCCCGUCAAAGUGACAGGCCAAGCAAUGCAACUAAAUCUUCUCGGACUUCCACCCACGCCGUGCCUGAGCUGGGCUCGUUCCGGGGUCUACUAGAUCAGCAAACCGAUACUUAUUCACUCCCUUCUGAGAUGGAUAAUGAUAGCUUACCAAUGGAGAUGCCGGAAGUCGGAUCUCUAUUGACCAAUCGUCCACACGUGGCAUAUGAACUUCAUAAUUGGAUCUCGAUCGUCCCCCUGACAGAUGCGCAGAUGGCCAGCCGGCACCGGCUGAGUCGCGUUCAGGGCCUUGCUUGGAACAGACUGCAGGUACUUGAGUCUGCACUGUAUGCUGCGAGUCAGUUUACGGAAAGUACGGGAGGCUUUGGGAAACUGCCCAAUGUCGAUGACCCGAGUGAAGAGCAACGCCAAAUUCCGGCCCCUGAAUUUCUAACUUGGAUGCUUAAAGACAUUGGCACUGAUCUCUUCGGACCAUACGUUCGGGACUAUUUCCGGCACGUAUCCAAGCAGAGCCUUGAGAAGAUGGGGAUGUCCCUGCUACGCAAAGAUGCAUCGCCAUCUGAUACAAUCCUCUACACUGUCUGCGUUAACUCUAUAGCGUACAAGUUUCUUACUACAGUGAUUAUGACAGAAGAGCAUGGCGAACUGUCCCAGAGGCUAUGGCAUAAUGCGCUACAGUACCGAGCGACAGCACAGGCAGCAUUAAGAAAGAUCCCACUCGUAACUACACCAUCUUUUACACUUCUACAGGCAGUACUCUGUGGGAUCUUUCUAUUUCAGGGAUCGGGAGAUACCAAUUUUUGCUGGGAGUUGACUAGAACUGCUUGCAGGAUUUGCACCGAUAUUGGCCUUAACACCACUGCUACAAAUGGACGGGCUCUCAGUGAGGAGGAGUUUUUCUGCUUCAUAUGGUGCUAUAAGCUGGAUAGAAACUAUGCCUGGAAGCUUGGCCGAUCCAAGGGUUUUCUGGAUGCCACCCCUGAAGGGAUUUUGCACGCUUCUACCCGGCUGAAUCCACCAAUCUCCGAGCUUCUCCUACUAUAUUUGGACUUGGCCCAGAUACAGGACGGAAUAAUACCUUUCAUCAAGGAUCCCUCGUCAGCAGAUGGUGAGCAUGCUGUCCCGCCAGUCACAAACUUAAGAGAGCAAUUACUGCCGAGGAUGGAGGAUAUUCGCAGCAGAAUCGACCAGAUUGCACCACCUUCUAAUCGCUGGAAAGGCCUAGAUAGCCACAGCGAAAUUGCAGCCCUCGAUUUUGCCUAUCACUCAGUUAUGACAACUAUUCUUCAUCUGAUUCAACUUACCCCAGGGCAGACCCUUACUGCCAAGGAUCUCUACUUGGAUUCAGCACGUCAAGAACUAUCCGCCUUGGUGUCCAUAUGCCUAUCAGCCAACAAGCAAAGUACCGUCGCCUUUCUACACUGGACCCUUCUUUAUUACCCCUUAACGGCAGUCUUUGUGCUAUUCUGUAACACUGUUGUCACCUCUCACAUAGGCGAUUUCAAUCUUUUGAAAACAGUUGCAGACUGCUUGACCCAGAGCGGCACAGCCAGCGAGCACAUUGCCAACCUGCAGAAACUCUUUCAGGAGUUUGUCUCGCUCUCUCAACGCUUUCUCAAUGAAGAAAGUUCUACCGCGCUCACCAACCAAGGCGCUACUCAGACAAGUCCCUCUCAACAGGGGACCUCUUCUCAGGAUGUGAUUCACAACCCCAAUUCGCCCCACUGGUUAAACACAAGCACUACUUGGAGUUCGGGAAUUUUGGCAGGCUUGGACAACCAUUCUUUCGACCCAUCGUUUCCCAUGUUAGAACUAUCUUAUGGUGAUUCAACUUUCUUCCUGGGCGGUGGAGCUGAUAUACAACCGUUUAGUUCUGCUUGACCUGGAUUUGUUGAUCCUAGGGUGGGAAUCACGCAGUUCCUUUUUUU